AGAGGAAUCGAUUAGAAUUUGCAAAUGGUUCUUUGAUCUCUCACCUGAUUUCUAUCCUUGGAUCGAAUAUGAAUGGACGAGCGAGCAGUUCACCUUUGAGUAUAAGGGAGAAACACACGUUCUCUGGAAUGGAUUCACGUUACAAAUUGGAACCAGGGCAAAGAGCAUCACACACGAGCACACAAUCUACAGGGAAUGCAAUUUUUGCGAGGGAGCCAUUGAGAAAAAAAUAUAGGGAAUGGUAUUUUCUCGUCUAUCUUAAAUUAACUUAUAACACAAAUAACGAUGAUAAAGAUAUUAUAUUAAAAGAGAUUAAAAAAUAUAUCCCGGUGACCAUAGAACUGUGGAUUAUUAUAUCGCUUGUUGAAUUCAUCAUAGGUGAUAAAUACAAAUACUUUUUCGAGUAUAACACCCAAAUGUUGGAAUAUAAUAUUAGUUCCUAUCAAUAUAAAAUGGUCAAAUGGUUGGCUAACGUGCUCGUCAAUCAUAAAGAUGAUUACAUG